AGACAGUCGAUUGUAACUACACACUUGAGGGAUCACGCGGAACAUUGAAUUCACCAAACUACCCCCGGAACUAUCCGAAAAAUGUUAGUUGUACAUGGACCAUUCUGAAGCCAGAAAUCCAGAGUAUCUUGAGGUUCCACGACUUUCAUGUCGAAGGGCAUGAAGACUGCGCAAAAGACUUCGUAGAUGUCUACAUUGGAACCGGUUCGAACGCUACGAUCUAUCGUUCAUUUUGCAACUCGUAUAAGCCUCCUUUGAUUUCGUUCGCCGACGACGUCAUCAUCACGUUCCGGAGUGACGCAGACGUGGAGGACCGUGGAUUUAAUGCGAGUUAUGAACCAG